ACCAAGUAGGCAAGUGGGGAAUUACUUUGACCAGGAUGAACGUACAUCCCAUUGCUACAGUCCCCCAUCACAUUGGGACAGGCUAGCAGCUUUCCUCUGCGACCAGAAGGCAGUCCUAGGCUACUGUGCCUAUCCGGUCCUCCACGCCCUCACCCCUUCAAUAUUCCGCGGUGGCCGUGGGGAUAGUCGCGGCCGAUCGGCGGCAGUAUCGGAGAAGGUGGCCUGCGGGCACCCACGAACGGCGGCAGGGACUUCCCGUUGUGAUGUCCUCAUCGCGUCGAGGGGGCUUGUCUUCCUUUGAAGGUGAGCUGUGGCCAUUAAUGGCGGACCACUAGAAUCCCUGCCUGGCAUGAGGUGACCGGAGACCAUUUGACGGCCAUGUCAUCCUCACCUGGAGCGGUGCUCUCUGUGGCUGGUCUGCUGCGGCUCUGCGGCAGCAAGGUCCUGGACUGGGAAGGCGAACUUCAGUGAGCAGGAAACAUCAGCCAAUGGCUCACGGCGGCGGCGAGGUUGCUGAUGGAGCUCCGGCGGAUCCAGAUCCGAAUAAUCCCAGACCCGAAUUCCUAACCCUUUCUCUCAUUUUUUUUCUUUCCUUUCUUGCUGAAAUCCAAAACCUCCAGCAUCAAAUUUUUCCUUCUUCCCAGAUCCAGAACUUCUCAGAAUCACUUUUCCAGAAUUUUUUCUUCUUUUUUGCUGGAAUCAGUCCACUUCGUAUGAAUUGUAGAAACUCAAGAACAGUAGAAUACAUGAAUCUUUUUGGACAGAUUCCCACAGACGGCGCCAGUGUUGAGUUUAAUCCAACACGAUAUAGUAAAUAUAUGUAUGAACACUCAGUUUUUACGUGGAAACCCGGAAAGGGAGAAAACCACGGGACUUUUUAGGCUAAUGUCCAAGCCCUCUCAUUCUCAUUAGGACUCUCCUCACCAUUACAUAAUACAUUUUGAGCUCCCAUUAAUGGAGUCUUGUAAGCUAACUAAGGAGGGAGAAGAAGAAGAAGGAUCAGGUCCUUUACAUGGAGGGAAAACCUCCUAUAAAUAGGGAAAGGGGUGAGGGAAGCUCUCCACCCUAAUGGGCCGCAUGGGCCAGAGUGGGCCCAAAUGGCUAAAGUGGGCCGGAUGGGCCGAAAUGGGCCUAACUGCUCGGGCUCCGUAUUGAGUAAUGUCUUGGCCUCCUGAAAAGUAAUAGGCCGGGAUAAUAUAUCCCAACAAUCAUGAAGGCACAAAUAUUGAGGCCGGAGUGCCCUCCAACACACCACAGGAAUGAAAAGAAUGGACGGACAACUCCAUGGCCUCCCCACGAUCUCAAAAAGGUAACAUUAGUCAAACGUCUUCGGGAGCUCAAUCACACGUGAGAGGUACGUUGCGUCCGGCCUAUGACGUUAAAUUGAGCGCUAAUUGGGAGGCAACCCAACAAAUCCAAUUAUAAAUAAAUAUGUUUAGUUAAAUACAUAUUCAUAUUUAUUUAUAAUUGAAACAAAAAAAAAUCAUCUAAACUCAUGUAUCAUGCAUCUCCUACUCUCACAAGACGGCACAUUCCGCUAUUGAAGAUUUCAUCCUCCAUUGCAUCCUCCAAUGUACAUUGAGGACAAUGUAACUCAAGUGUGUGGGGGUGUAUCUCAUGGUUAGUUAAACAAAUUUUGUGUACAAAAUAAUUUUUUUUGGAAGGUAAAAGUUGUGAUAAUUCUCUUUUUAAUGGGUAUUUGGUUGAGAAAGUUUUUAUUAUUCACAUAAACUAUCAUUUUUUUUAGAUUUAUUACACUACUUUUACUCUUGAAAACCAUUCCCAAAAUAAACCUUGUGACUAGGAAACACCAUCUUCUUCCAUUUCCAAAAAUGGUUCAAGUACAGCUCAAAUAUUCAAGAACCAUUUUGGAAAACAAGCUAUCCUCAUAUCUCAUCAAAUAAAUUGGGAUGAUCAAAUUGACUUUCAAUAAAUGCUUGUUGAGAACCAAUUCAAAUGAGUAAAUAAAAAAAACUCAUGGUCUCUCCCAAGAAUUUCAACUAAUCCAAUUCUAAACUUAAAAGUCAAAUACACCAAAAAGCCAUCCUACACACCCAAAAAGCCCUAGUCACAAUCCACUCAUCUACUCUCAAGAGUAUAAGUAAUUUUUCUAAAUAUAAUGAUAGUUUGUGUGUCUAAUAAAAACAUGGUUUUGGACCGAGAAUGAUAAAGGAGUUUACAUAAUUUUAUACCUCCCUUAAAAAUAAAAUUAUUUUUGUGCAUAUAUUUUUGUUGAAACUAACCAAAGCAUCCAAGGUGAAGAAAUUGCUCGAGGACGAGCAAUGCUUAAGUGUGUGGGGAUUUGAUAACCGUUAUAUUUACUUGUGUUUAACAUAAGUACUUAUAAGUAUUUGUUGAAGCAAAGGAGAGAAAGCGGGCAAAUAACUUCAGAAUACGAGCUAGAGCAAUAAUCAUUGCGAUGAACGACUUUUUGGACCAAAAUGAUGACGUUCCGCCCAUAAAUUGAGUAUAACUUAUUGUAGAGAACUCGAAAUCACUCGAUUCGAAUUUCAUGUUAAUGUUAACUCAAUAAGGUACAAAUGUUAUGAAGACGUCAUGGCCAAAAUAUGAAAGGAACUAACAAGACCCAAUCAACCAAUAAAGUCAGAUGUUGCUGGUGGGAUUUCAGGAUGCAUACCUCUCAGUGUUUUAUCCAUACCUUUUGAUUGGAUGAAUAAAAUCACGUCAUUCAAGUUUUGGUGGAUAGAAGACUUCAUUAUCUACAACUUUGGUGAAGGAAUCAUGUCCAAAUUCAUAGCCAAUGCUGGUCCUGUCUAUUUUCGGGCCUAUGGGCGGGAUAAUAUUUUGGACUUAUAUUCAAGACAAAUAAUAAACUAUAUUUAUUUAAAAUAAUAAUUACAAUAAAAUUAUCCAGUAAAGGUAAUUAAAUAAAAACGAAACCCGUUUUAUUUUUCUUAUUUAAGUUACAUAUUUGGUGAAAAGUAACAACACAAGUAUCACAUAAAAAGAAAAACAUUACUUAAAAAUGUUUCUCAUGGAAUUUUCAAGAUUCAAUUUCUGGUGUUCUAAUUUACUCUCAGAAUCAGUUUUUUUAGAAGUUGAGGGGUACCAGCUUCUGAAAACUGAUUCUGAUUCUGCUUCUGCUAAGCAGAAUCAGUUCCAAAACACCCCAUAGUUUUAAAGAAAUGAGGAAGCACAGACCAAAUUCAGAAUAAGUUUCAAGUAUAAGACCCAUUUGCAAUUCGCUAGUUCAAUCGGGAAGAACUAGUAGUUCUUUCUUUCUUGGGAAAACUGUCAAAUAGGUCCUCGAACUUUGAUAAAAAGAUUAAUUAAGUCUGAGGUUCUGUCUGGCCGUCGCGAUUUGGGGCAGUUCUCGGUGGAAUUUUUUGAUGAAAUUUUUUGAGCAUCUUAUUCACCAAGUCUAGGUUACUCAUACCAAAUUUCAGCUAAGAAUUCCAUCGGGAACACAUUCAAAUUAAUUCUUGAAGAUAACUGCGCAUUUUUGCAUUCUUGAAUUAAUUUGAAUGCGCCCCUGAUUAAAUUUUUAACUGAAAUUUGAUAUGAAUAAACUAGACUUUAUGAAUAAUUUAUGAAUAAGAUGUUCAAAAUCGCGACGAGCGGAUAGAGUCUAGAAGGACUUAAUUUAUGAAAGUUCCAUGAGCUAUUCACAUUUUCUUUCUUUGUUCCGGCCCAUCUCUCCGCCAUUGUAGUUCGCUAGUUCGCUAGUUCUGCUAAGACUUUGCAGAUUAGUUGAAGAAGAUGGGGAAGAAGAUACAGAAGCAUUGUUUGGAGGAUUUCAGAACCUUGAUGCUUCAAAUGAAGAAUCAAGAGAAGGAUAUUAGGCUCAAAAGAAGGUGGUUAUCGGGUAUAAUUUUAUCACGAUCAGAGAUGAGUCGACUAGAGUUGCUUCUUCCACCCCACGACAAGUUUGUACCCGAAUCAGUGCUUAGAGAAGAUGAUGUAAGGUUUUCAUAAUUUGUUAAGUUAUGAGAGCAUCAAAACAUUUGUUGAAGAGACACUCGGAAUGCAUAAAGAGACUGAAAGAAAAAAUUAUGUGGCUGAAGAAGAAAUACGACUCUUUGACUCACCUGAUAAGGAUAUAAUAAAGUAUAGCAUCUCCUUGCUAGAUGAAAUGACCAACAAAGGGCUAUUCUCUCUUACUGAGAUCUUGACAAAUGGCUCUGUUAACUUCCUGAAAACAAAAAAGAAGAUGAAAAAUAUAAUCCAAGAGUUUCUACCUAAACUUUUUGAAUCUCGUGAUGACCAAAGCCAAAUCAAAUUGAAGCAAAUCAAACAACUCCUUCCAGAUCCUCAAUAUUUUUUGUCGAAUGAACCGGCUCUUUCAAAUCCAACCCAAUCAUUCUGUACUGCUAUUAUCAACGUCCUUUCUAGGCUUGAGGAGCUCUCUCUUUUCACACUAGGUGCAAUGUUACGAAAUCUCAGAGAGGUCAAGGGAUACACUCCAAAAUCACAACAUAAAAGGCCUGGCAGGACUCUUGAGAGCUUGAUGAAACAAAUAAGGUUAAAAUCAUCAGAAUUGUUGCAAAAAUUUGGGGAUAGAGAUGAACCACCAAGACCCUUGGCAAAAGCUUUAUCAGUUGCAUACUUGAUGUUAAAACCAGAAUUGAGAAAUUUGUUCUCUUAUGUUUCACCUGAUAUAGAGAAGCUACAAACUGAUAUUAUGAGUGCUAUUCAAUUGGUCAAAGCUAAAAGGAAACUGAGUCGCAUACAAUUGAAAAAAAUGCGUACUUAUGCUCGACCCAGAGUUUAAAGAAAAAGCAUCAGGAAAAAGUUUUUCUGCGCGUACCACACUGAAGAAUUUGUUGACUGAAUAUCUUUUAGAGUGCUGCAAUAUGGAUUCUAUACCAGAACGUUUGCUAGAAACAGUUAGAUUUAUUAUUGAUAUAUCUGAGAAGAAAAGCGCAUCCUGUACUGGCAAAACUAGUGGGCGGGCGACUGGAACCCUGGCCUGGUCUCAUCCCAAAGGAGCCUUGUCUACGCCAAUGCCAACCUGCAGAACGUUUUCAGCCGAGGAGAUACAGGAAGAAGUACACCUGUUGCUGAAUUUGAGUGCUCAGGCUAAGCAAAUAGUGUGGGAUUUUCUUCCAGAAAACAUAUUUGACAAAGAUUUUGCUGAUGCAUACAAAGAUGAUGAUUAUGUUGAAGAUUGUUGCUAUGAUGAAGCAGGAGGCGGCUCUGAGGUUCAAGACUUCAUCUCAGGUCAUAUUAGAUAUUAUAGUAAUAACAACACUGAUGAUAUAAAUUGCCAAUCAGAAAGUGUUGGUGAGACCAUCCCGGUUGAUGAUUCCAAAUCUCCAGUCUCUUCAAGUCCUGCUGAAAUGUUGUCCCCACUUCUUUUUUCCCCUAACAAAAAUAUUAGCCUCCAACAGGAUUGUGGAAAUGGGGAUGAAGCUCAUUCUCAUAAUUCAAGGUUAUUAAGCGCUCAUGGACUUUCCAAAAUUUCAUCUUGCGAUGGAAGGUCAGAAAAAUAUGAUGAUGAUGGAUUGGAAGAAUCAAAAGCACAUCUGGGAUUCAUGCGAAAGUUUCAUGCAUCUCCUAAUUUCUUUUUAGCUGAAGCUACUGGUAUAGUGUCAAAAAAUGAUGAGAAAAAUGGGUUGGUGGAGAAUGCGUACCUCAUUAUCCAAGAAGCAUGCGAUGAAACAAGCAUGUUUGCUUAUUCAUUUGUUGGCCAUGUGUUGAAUGGAUUGGACAAAUUAGAGCCGACCCCUCAUGCUAAUGCAUCAGAUCCCACGAGGACUGUGUGUGAAGAUGGUGUGGGCUCAGUUGUGAUGAAUGCACUUGAACUUCUAGUGCCUUCAUUUCCUAGCAGAGGAGGUAAAGAGGAAUUGAGAGUGUUCAUGGGUCUAUAGAGAGGGAGGGAGUGAAUUAAUCCCCCAUGCAGAAGCAGCAAGUAGAGAAAAAGUUAUAUUCAAGUUGGUUUGUAUAGGUUAUAAUAUAUUCAUGAAUGUAUUACGGAGUAUCUUUUUAUUUAUCAUCAUGUCUGAUUGUGAUU